UUUCUUCAUUUUAUAAGACAAAGUAUAAGAAGGACAAAGACGAUCUGCCCAACACUUUGUUCUCUCUGCUGCCCGAAACUCUGGAGACUCAGUUUGUCAAAGAGAUGGCUGCGACACACAGCGAGAGUAAAUACAAGGAGGCGGGUAAGAAGGAGCUGGUUAACAGUCUGUACUCUCUGCUGCCGGAGACCAAAGACACUCAGCAUGCGAAGGAGCAAACUCAGCUGCACAGCGAGAAAGCGUACAGGGAGGAGGGCAAGAAGGAGGCCGUCUGCAGUCUGUACGCACAGAUGCCCCAAACAAUCGAGACCGUCUUCGCCAAAGAGCUGACCAAGACGCAGAGCGAU